UCCACACAAUGCAGUGCAAUCAGCGACGACACAUCAUUCCUGCGAUGACGCAAAUGAAAGAAGUGGAUAUCCCCGUUCAAAUCAUGAGUCUGUGAUCCAUGCAUUCGCGCAUGCGCUACACUAACUGCAAAGACAAACAGACCGACGACACACACAAACAGAAAGAAUGCCUGGCAAUGCAUUGCAAUGUUCUAAAUUGUGGCAGCUACAUAAAUAUGCAAAGGAGAACAUAGCCAUGGCUAAAUAUAGACCAUCUAAGGAAUUGAGCGAACUUCGCUAAGAAUGCCAUGGAGACAGAAUAGAAGCGAACAAAACAAUGGAAAGGUGUUGGAAAACUUAGCAUCGUGAAUUGCCAAUCAGAAUCAGACCGAUUGGGUUGGGUGGGUAUAAAAGGAUCUGUCACAGUGUCAGUUGGCAUCAUAAGUUCUCGGGAAACGUUGCUGUGAAGUACAAACUCCUUACAAAGUGUUCUUUUGCAGACAGAACUACAAUGAGAUACUGCUUAGCAUUGGCAACAUUGGUGGCAGCAGCUCAAGCUGCCAGUGUGUCCUAUUUGGUUAGCACUCCAACUCUGCGUGCCUAUCCAUAUGUCUAUGGCAGCCAUGGUACCACAGUCAUCACUCCCGUCCAGCAACAAUACCACACUCAGGAUGAACUGGGCCAAUAUGCCUAUGGCUACAGUGAUCCGUUGUCCAGCAAACAGGAAAUUCGGUCAUUGGAUGGAGUAACCCGAGGUUCGUAUUCCUAUCGUGAUGCUGAAGGUAUUCUACAAACCGUUGACUAUAGGGCCGACGACUCUGGAUUUCAUGUCGCAGCCACGAACCUGCCAAAGCCAAUUGGCCACCAAUCGACAAUUUCCGAUACAAUUGCCACAGCUGCCGAUACCACAAAUUCCAUUUCCCCAGAUUCCGAUUCUGAGUCAGUUAACCCAGCUAGCGAGUCUGGUGAUGCGUUUUAUCCGAGGGGUGGGGUGCGCUUGGCAGAGUCUGCAGCCGCUUACCCAAAAUCUGUUCCAGUUGCAGCCCAUGUUCGCUCUAUGGAAUUGCCUCAGUCCUUGGCGGAUACCAUUAAGGUGGCCCCGACCCAGGGUGUUUAUGUGAGUCCGCUUGCGUCCAGAAAUGUGGUUGUAGCCCGGCCAUUGACUGUUGCCGGUUUGCAAGUGGCCACGAAAUCACUGUUGCAGAAGGUCUACGGAUUUGGAUAUCCCCUCAGUAAACAGUACAUUUCUUUGUCACCCGACACUAUGAACGCCCUGAUUAUCCUCACGUUGACAUUGGCUGCAGCUCAGGCCAAAAGCUAUGUUUAUCCUGUGCCCUCAACACGCCUGCAAACGCCAAUGAUGUUAACAAAACGUAUUUUACCCCAACAGCAGCAGGACAAACAAACAAAAGUCCAACAAUAUUUCACCCAGGACUCUUUGGGGCAAUACUCCUAUGGGUAUUCCGAGCCGUUGUCCACAAAGCAGGAGGUACGUACUGUGGAUGGUGUUACAAGAGGUUCCUAUGCAUAUAUCGAUGCCCUUGGCCUACUGCAAACGGUGGACUACAUUGCCGAUGAAAACGGAUUUCAUGUGGCGGCCACUAACUUGCCCAUGAAUAAUCAGGACGUAGUUACGGAUACACCCGAAGUGGCAUUGGCAAGAAAACAGCAUUUGGAAGCUCACCAAGCAGUGCUCAAUGGUGAUCUAACGUCCUCCUCGAUACUCCCUAAGCCUGUGAAGGAUACAGUGGAAGUUGAAGCUGCCAAGAGGGAUUUCUUUGCCCGUUUUGCCCUAGAGGAGGAGAAGCAUAAACUACUGCGCCAAACAAACCUGUUGAAGGGACAUAACCUUCUCCCCCUGAGCAGUGCUGUGUCUAAUGUUCGUUCAACCACCAUCCCCAUCAUUUUGGCUGACCCAAGUCCAAAGCGUCAACAAGAAUUUGUCCAUCUACCUCAACGUUACUAUUUACCGGCCAUUUAAUGCAAAAGUUUGCCAUACCACGCCACCCCCUUCCAUUUAUUGUUAUUUUUU